UUUGCGGACUCCGACGCAGGGUCGCGUCUCUGCUCGCUCACGGCACGAACCGCGGCUUCUGGAGCCUGGCGGGGUCUGGGCGGGCAGCUCCUGUCACCUAGGAGGCUGUCCCGGCCACCACGGAGCCCUGUGCGCGACCGGCCGGCCUGGCUGAAGCGAUAAUCUCCGCAGCCCUCCUGCUGGCCACGUGGUGCGGUCCAGGCCCUGAUCUGCUCGGACAACGAGACUCUCAUCUGCCCUGAGCCCGGGAAGAUGGUGUCAGAGUCUUCGGGCCAGCAAGAUUCUCCUGUGGACCCCUUGGAAGGGGUCAGCAGUGACUCUGGUGACACUGAUGGGUCACCCGGCCUCCUGGACACCAGCCACCUGCCUGGCCAAUCAGACAUCAAGUUCGCAAGGCACACAGCUGCCUGGAUUAACCCCCAGGGUACGCAGGGGCAGGAUUUGCCCCUCCAGGUGCCCACGGUGGGGAAUGGCGGCGGCCUCGUUGUGUGGGAUGCCACCGCUCUCUUGGGCACCUCCCCUGGUUCUCUUGAGAGCUCCGCGGUGGAGACAUCUCUGCGGAAGGACACCGUGGGCUCCGCGGGCAGCUUGGGCAAGCAGAGCAGGGACUCUGCCUUCACCUCAACGCGAGAGCCGGUCGUGCUCCCAGGACGCCGUCCUCGGAUGUCUCUGCCCCCAAGCUACAUGGUGUCGGCCGCUGCCCCGAGUCCCAAGGCUGGCGGCCCGUGUCCCGAGCCUCCCUACGUGACAGCUCCCGCCGGUGCAGGCGCUGUUCCAGUUGGUAGGAGAAGCAUUUCCUUCAAUGCCCUCUCCCCAGAAGCAUUCAUGUUCCCUGUGGAUGUAGAAAAGGAAAACGCGCACUUCCAGGCGGCCGACGUGAUUAUCUCCGCCAUGGAGACGAUGAAGUGGGACCUCCUGAGCGGACAGCCCGAGGAGAACUGCGGCCCAGACGGAGCCGGCGGGUUGCCGGGGGAUGACCGCCGUGGCUCCGAAGCGGCCUUCCACACCCACGGACCGCAGGAGGCCGGGUGGUCCGCUUCCUCGGACAGCGGCUCUGAAGGCUGUGCCGUGUUGCAGGUCAGCCCGGUGGCUGCGACGCCGGCCGACGGUGACGAGGUGAAGGAGGGCUGCGCACGUGACUUUGAAGAUUUUGUUAUUGUCGAGCUUGCCGCGUUCAGAGAUCCCGCGGAAACCUGCCAGCGUUCCCGCCGCCCCUCGAAGAGUGUAAUUUAUGAGCCAGACUUCAAUUCUGCGGAGCUCAUAGCCCGAGAACUGUACCAGGUGUUCCGGAGGUGCUGGGUGCUGUCGGACGCUCACCAUCAGCUGGCCGUGUCACUGAAGGCGGGGGGCUCGGUAGUUGUGAACGAAGAGCGUGCCCAGAAAGACUUGGAGUCCAGCGAGGAGUUCGGAGAGGAAAUUCAGUUUAAGUCCAGGAUCAGAGGGACGGAGGACUGGGCGCCCCCUCGAUUUCAAGUCAUAUUUAAUGUUCACCCGCCGCCCAAGAGGGAGCUCGUGGUCGCAGCCCAGAAUUUCUCGUGUGCAGGCUGCGGAACUGCAGUAGAACCCAAGUUCGUGAAGCGGCUGCGGUACUGCGAAUACCUGGGCAAGUACUUCUGCGACUGCUGCCACUCCUACGCCGAGUCCUGCAUCCCCGCGCGCAUCCUCGCCAGCUGGGACUUCAGGAAGUACCACGUCAGCGACUUCUCCAAGCAGCUGCUGGACAGCAUUUGGCACCAGCCCCUUUUCAACGUGCUGAACGUCAGCCGCAGCCCGUGCGCGAAGGCCAGGAAGCUGGACGCCGUCGCGGAAAUCCAGGAGCAGCUGUUUCAUGUCAAGAAGCUACUGAAGACCUGCCGAUUUGCUGAAAGGGCAUUAAAAGCGUUUGAGCAGGUGCCCAGACACCUGACGGAGGAGCUCCAUCUGUUCUCCCUGGAAGACCUGGUCAAGGUCAAGAAAGGGCUGCUGGCCCCCUCGCUCAAGGAUGUUUUGAAAGCUGCCCUUGCCCAUGUGGAGGACUGUGAGCUGUGUCAAGGAAAGGGCUUCAUCUGCGAAUUCUGCCGGAGUACAGCCGUCAUCUUCCCGUUUCAGACCGCAACGUGCAGGUGUUCAGAGUGCAGGGCCUGCUUCCACAAGGACUGUUUCCAGGCCUCCCGGUGCCCCCGCUGCGUGCGGAUCGCAGCCAGGAGACGGCUUUCGGAAAGCCUGCCCUCGGCGGCGGCGGCGGCGACGUGACGCCCAGAGCCCUGUGACAGCGGGCCGCGACACGCCCUCUCGCACACCGGCGUGCGUCCCCUGCGGACGCCAGGACCGUUUCAGAUGCUGAGGAUUGCAUAUUGAGAAGAAAGACGGCCAAUUUUCUCUUCCUUGUGUCUUUAAUAUGUUCAAAGAAUGCAGACUCUUAGUCAAGACGGAAGGGUUGUGACUGGCGGCUUUGUUUACAAAUGUUCAGUGUUUUCGCUGCUACUGUUUUUUCUAAGACGUUUUGUAAAAAAAUAUUUAUAUUGUAUUUGAAUGGUUGUAUUUAACGCAUGUGGGAGCUUAUUUUUUUUUAUGAAUUGUAACUGACAAGGCGAAUUACUCAGUUCCUCUUCCUGUAAAGCUUGUUUGUGAGCUGGGUUGGAACUUCCACUGAACUGAAACACAACCCGAAUCAAAUCCCCUUGCUCAGGCUGGAUUUUCGGCCUCGGUGCCUUUUUGUAUUGUGUCGGCCCUCUGGUCUUUAUUACCCCAGGGUUUGCUUAGAGAGGCCCCGUUUUUAUUAUCCCCGGGUUUGUGUAGAGAUGUCCCAUGUUUAUUACCCCAGGGUUUGUGUAGAGAGAUCCCGUUUUUAUUACCCCAGGGUUUGUGCAGAGAGGUCCCGUUUUUAUUGCCCCAGGAUUUGUGCAGAGAUGUCCCAUGUUUAUUACCCCAGGGUUUGUGUAGAGAUGUCCCGUUUUUUAUUGCCCCAGGGUUUGUGCAGAGAAGUCCCAUUUCCUCUGUAGCUCCUCUGUUUCAAGAUGAGUCCGAGUUGCUUAACCACCUGGCAGGCACCCUUUGAGGAAAUGACCCCCAAGGGCGCCCCAGCCCCCAGCUCCAAUCAAAGCUGUUUCUGUCACCUGCAUCCAACACACUAAGCCAAGGGGACGCCUGGGUGAGCAGAACGCAUCCCUGCCCUUUGGGAGGUCGUCUCGUAGAUGCAAAAUUGAAUGUGAGAUAUUCGAAGACUUAUAUAAGAUGUGGGAAACUAUCGUCAAUAGCCAUGUGAUAAAGGUCGCCCCCACCCCCAUCCGGUCCUGGGUGUGUGUUUCGUUCCGUUGGAGGCCGCUGAGCACUUGAAAGACGUGAGUGUCCCCUAUCGUCCCAGUAUCUUCUCGCCCUGCCCCUUGUUUUCCCCUCCCGCCGCCUCUGCCAGCUCUGUGCCCCCGUUGGUGAUGUAAGCCGUGUCUCUUUCAAAUGGAAAUAUUGUCACAGGGGAUACGUUGAAAAGGAUCAAAAUUAAAACAAUGUUUUAUUCUUGCCUGUACCUUCUAUGCCAUGUUAGGAAUCAAGGGGCAGGGUGUACCUCGA